CCUCUCUUCUUGUGCCAUUAAAAUGGGGCGCCAAGUGUUCUUGUUUGCCUGCACUUUCCUUCUUUUCGCUGUCUCAACAUCUUCAGCUGCUGGAAUAGUGGAGCACUCAUUUUAUGUGAAAAAUUUGACUGUUAGUCGGCUAUGCAAAACGCAAGUGAUUACUGCAGUAAAUGGUGGUUUACCUGGUCCGACGAUUCGCGUUCAAGAGGGCGACACAUUAGUUGUUCAUGUCUUUAACCUAUCACCUUACAACAUGACUAUUCACUGGCAUGGAGUGUUUCAGAUGCUGAGUAACUGGGCAGAUGGACCUAGCAUGGUCACUCAGUGUCCAAUUCGACCCGGAUGCAAACACACAUAUAAAUUCACCAUCGUUAAACAAGAGGGGACACUUUGGUGGCAUGCUCACGUCUCGUUUCUCCGUUCCACCAUCUACGGUGCACUCAUCAUCCGUCCCCGAGACGGCCAAUUGUAUCCGUUCCCUAAGCCCUAUGGGGAAGUUCCGGUCAUUUUAGGUGAGUGGUGGAAUGGUAAUGUCGUUGAUGUGGAGAGACUGGCAGCUGCUACAGGAGCUGCCCCUAACCUUUCUGAUGCUUUUACAAUUAAUGGAUGGCCUGGUGAUACCUACCCAUGCUCUAAACAUCAAAUGUUCGAGCUUACGGUGUUGCAAGGGAAGACCUAUCUCUUACGUAUCAUCAAUGCUGCACUCAAUAGCCAGUUCUUCUACAAGAUAGCAAAUCAUAAGAUGGCAGUCGUUGCCAUCGAUGCCUGCUACGUCGAACCUUAUGUCACCGAUGUUGUGGUAACCGCCCCCGGUCAGACGGUCGACGUUCUGUUAACGGCUGAUCAACCAAUCGGCUCAUAUUACAUGGCUGCUAGACCAUAUGCAAAUGCAGUUGUAUCCGGUGUACUUGCAGCCUUUGCUAAUACCACCACAAGGGGUGUCCUCAUCUAUGACGGAUGUCCAUCUCCGGCGACACCACAAAUGCCGGCCCUCCCGGCAUUCAACAACACCCCCGUGGCGCACAAAUUUUACACCGGCCUUAAAGGGUUGGUCGGAGGGCGUUUCUGGGACCCGGUUCAGCUUAAGGUGGAUCACAAAAUGUUCAUCACCAUCGGAUUGGCGCUCGAGCCAUGCCCAGCGAAAACGAGUUGCAGGGGUCCAAAACUCUCAUCCAGCAUGAACAAUGAGUCCUUCGUGAAACCUACAAGCUUGUCGUUGUUGCAAGCCUUUUACUACAACGUCAAUGGCGUUUACACCACCGAUUUCCCUGCCAAGCCCCCCAUCGAAUUCGACUACACCAACGAUGCCGUUAACAAUAACCUUCCGAUGCUGUUUGCUCCGAAGAGUACGAAGGUCACCAAGCUUAAGUUCAACUCAACCGUCGAGAUAAUAUUCCAAAACACGAAUAUCCUGGGACCGGAGAAUCAUCCGAUGCAUCUCCAUGGCUUUGAUUUCUAUAUAUUGGCUCAAGGGUUCGGAAACUACAACCCUGCUACUGAUGGAAAGAAGCUCAAUUUAAUUAACCCUCAGAAACGCAACACAAUCGGUGUGCCGGUAGGAGGAUGGGCUGUCAUCAGAUUUGUAGCUAAUAAUCCAGGUGUAUGGUUACUGCAUUGCCACCUCGACAUGCACUUACCGGUGGGCCUUGCCACUGCCUUCAUGGUUGAGAACGGACCCACGCCUGAAACAGCCUUGCCACCACCGCCGGCAGAUCUUCCACAAUGCUAGACAUAUUUAAUUCAUUUGACGACGACAGUGUUUUUUCUUUUUCCCCCUAUGACCAUACAUUUUAUUUUAU